AACAGAACAGUCCCACGUGUUCCUCCACAUGUUUGUAGCAUGGCGAACUGGACGGAGGAGGACGGAUCUAUAAAACCUGUCACAAACUCCGCAGAUGUGUCCACCAAGGCGCCGAUAUCAGGUGGAGAUGCCGCGGUGUUUCCGUGUCUGAUCCCGUCGUUUGCGUACGCGGUGAAGCUGCUGGACUCCCGUUACUCGUGUCUAGUUCUGGACACUCAGCGCAAACACAUCGCGCUGCCGCCCGUGUACCUGCGCAAGAAACGCACCGGAAUACAGGAGGAACUCAACGCCGAACUGCUCAAAUACUCCAACAGUCUGAAAGGCGUUCCUUUAGCCUAUGAUAAUAUCAAAGUCAUUGGACCACAUGGAGGUAUAUAUGAUGAUCAAGGAUUUAUUCACCUAAACAUCGAGGCUUCAUUUGUGAUCUUCAGACCGAAGAAAGGAUCUAAGCUUGUGGGUGUAAUUAAUAAAAUCGGAGUGGGUCAUGUAGGAUGUCUUGUUCAUGGAUGCUUUAACGCAUCAGUAGUGAAGCCCAGUCUGCUGACCCCAGAGCAGUGGAGGGACUGUGUACUGAGUUUUGGAAGCAGUCUGGAGUUUGAGGUCUUCCAACUGGACGCUGAUGCUGCAGGUGUGCUGCUUAUCAGAGGAAGGCUGGAGAAAUCCAGGGUGCAGGAGCUCAUGGCCCAAACUGAACAAAAUGAAGCCCUUAUUGAACCGACAACAGAAUCAGAAAACACAGAAGAUACAACUGAUAAUCCAAUGCCCAAGAAGAAGAAGAAAAAGAAAGACAAACACGAAAAGGAGUCUGCUGUGGAGGAGGAGUCUAUAAACGACAGCAACCUGCAGGAAACAUCUGAAAACCACGAAACGACUGUGGACACAAUGGAGGUGGACUCCCAUUCAAAUGGACAUCACAAAGACAAAAAGAAGAAGAAGAAGAAAGACAAAAGAAAAGAGUCAGAUGAGAGCUUACCCUCCGAUCUUCUAGCGAGUGACUCCAGCGGGUAUAUCAGUGAUAAGACCAGCAGGAAGAGACGGGCCAGAGAGUGAAGAAACCCUCCAGGACUCCUCUGAAAUGCCUGUUGCUAAAAAGAAAAAAAGGGACAAAUGAUUUUCUUUCAGAAAUAGAGGGUUUAAUAAACUAUUAACAGUGAUCUGAAAGAGGCUUGAAUGUCAGUAAGAUACUAAAGAGUAUGUGUGAUUUAUAUUU